AUGCCCGUGGCCGACCUCGCAGGGUGGGCUCGCGCCCGCGCCCUCGCCGGGGCGAGCCCUGCCCCUGCCGCCUGCGGGCGGGGGCCAGAGCGCAGCCGCCACUGCGGCGUGCCCCCCGCGGCCGCCGCAGGGGCAUCGUGCGGCGGCCCGGGGGCGCGGCGCUGGCCGCCGCCAGGCUGCGCGCCGCUGCUGGCAGGCCUGGCGCUGCUCGUCUCGCCGGCGGCGGCGCUCGCCAGGCGGCUGAGGCGUCUGCUCUGCCCCCUGACGGAGGCCGACCGGCGGGCGAACGACCUCUUCAGGCGCGAUGCCCCGCUGGACGGCGCCGUGGGCGGGGCCGCCGCCACGGACUGGCAGCUUGCCGGGGAGGGCUUGCGGCGCCUUCGCGCGGUGGUCGCGGCCAUGGACCAGAAGGGGUGCGAAGGGCCCCUGAGCGCGUGGGAGACGGAAAGGGCAGCGGCCCCGCGCCCCGGGGGCGGCGAGGUCCCCGUGCUGAUUCGCCGGUGCCCAGGGGGGGGCGCCGAGGUGGCCUCCCGGGCUGGGUGCCCCCUGGUGGUGUGGCUCCACGGCGGCGCCUUCACCAUUUCCAGCGUCAAGUCGGGCAUGUCCUUCUACAGUGCCACAGAGCCGUUCGGCGCGCACGUCGCCGGCGAGCUGCGGGCGGCGUGUGGGCCGUUCGUGUGGGCCUCCAUCGAGUACCGCCGUGCCCCAGAGGCCCCGUUCCCCGCCGCGAUCGAGGACUGCGUGGCAGCGCUGCGCUGGCUGCAGCGGCCAGAGCAGGCAGAGCGCUUCGGGUACAGCCCUGCUCGCAUCAGCCUCGCGGGGGCCUCCGCUGGCGCCAACCUGGCCGCGUUCGCGGCGCUGCUGUCGGACGCACCGCUGAGCUCCCUGGUCCUGCUGUUCCCCUUCCUGGACCCCGCGACCUCCCGCGGGUCGUACGCGCGAUGGGGCCACCUGGGCUACAGCUACGCCCCGUUCCUGCGCUGGAGCUGGCGGGCCUACCUGCAAGGGCGGAGUCCAGAUGCUGCGAACCCCGCGCUCCAGCCUGGCUGGAGCGGAGGGGCGCGGCCGCCCGUGCUGGUCUGCACCGGCACCGCGGACGCCUUGCGCGAGGAGGGUUUGGACAUGGUGCGCCGGUUGAGGCGCCAGGGCGUCAGGUGCCGCCACGUCCGAGCCCGGGGCUCCCACUGCGCGGGCAUCCUCUUCGACGGCUGGGCCAGGCGGGCCGUCGUGCAGUGGUGGCUGAAGCGCCUGCGCGAGUCGGGAGAG